AUGGCAUCCUCGCUCAUCCUCGUCGGCGACAUCGGCGGCACCAACUCGCGGCUCCAGGCCUACGAAAUAUCGCCGGACGACAAGUACACAACGGGGUGUGCGCCCGGCAAGAUUAUCAAAGAGCAGCAGUUUCUCAACGGCGACUUCAAGGCAUUCGAUGACGUCCUUCGCGCCUUCCUGGCCGGCCUUGCGCCGCCGUCCGCGGCCUGCCUGGCGGUCGCGGGCCCGGUCGAGCGCAACGCCGUCUCCUUCACCAACCGCGACUGGGUCAUCGACGGCGGCGCGCUGGAGCGGCGCUUCGGCAUCGGCAAGGUGCGGCUCGUCAACGACUUCGUCGCAAACGGGUACGGGCUGCUCACGCUCGACGAGGCCAAGGAGUGCGUCCCGCUGCAGGCGGCGCCCAAGGUGGCGGGCGCGCCGAUGGCGUGCGUCGGCGCGGGGACGGGGCUCGGCGAGUGCUUCAGCACGGCGAGCGCGGAGGGGUCGCCGUACGAGACGUUUGCGUCCGAGGGCGGCCACUCGGACUGGGCGCCGCGGACGGCGCUCGAGGUGGAGCUGCUCGGCUUUCUCAAGGACCGCUUCGGGCAGAAGCACCGCGUCUCGGUCGAGCGCGUCAUCUCCGGCCCGGGGCUCGCGACGAUGUACGACUUCUUCUCGGCGCGCUUCCCGGACAAGGUCGUGGCGGAGGUGCACGCGGCGGUCGGGGCGGCGGGCGAGCUCAAGGGCAAGGUGAUCGCGCAGCACUCGGCGCCCGGGGCCGCGCCCUUCUGCGAGCUGUGCCGCCUCACGAUGGAGACCUUCGCCACCGCCUUUGGCGCCGAGGCGGCGAGCGCUGCCCUCAAGUGGGUGCCGCUCGGAGGGCUGUACAUCGCGGGCGGGAUGACGCCCAAGAACCUGCGCCUGCUCGAGGGGGCGGACUCGCUCUUCAUGCGCGCGUUUGGCGACAAGGGGCGACUCUCGCCGCUCCUCAAGCGCGUCCCCGUGCUCGCCGAGGACAUCGGGCAGCGCGGCGCCCACCUCGUCGCCUUCCGGAUGCUCCGCGCGUCUACGCCGUCAGCCGCCCCCUCCGACAUCCCCGCCGUGCAGCGCUUCUUCCACCGCCUCAUGCUGCGCUCGCUGCCGCUCUCGCCCCCGCUCGCCGCAAGGUCGGUCGUCCUCGUCGGCGACGUCGGAGGCACAAACACGCGGCUGCAGCUGUACGCGGUCGAGGAGGGCGCGCGCGUCAUGGACCAGCAACGCGCACCGGGAAAGCUGAUUCACUCGGCGCAGUACCUCAACGGAGACUUUGGCAGCUUUGACCAGAUUGUCUCCACGUUCCUCGCCGACCAGCCGAGCCCGAGCCUCGCACCGCCGCCGCCGUCCGCGGCCUGCCUGGCGGUCGCGGGCCCGGUCGAGCGCAACGCCGUCUCCUUCACCAACCGCGACUGGGUCAUCGACGGCGGCGCGCUGGAGCGGCGCUUCGGCAUCGGCAAGGUGCGGCUCGUCAACGACUUCGUCGCAAACGGGUACGGGCUGCUCACGCUCGACGAGGCCAAGGAGUGCGUCACGCUGCAGGCGGCGCCCAAGGUGGCGGGCGCGCCGAUGGCGUGCGUCGGCGCGGGGACGGGGCUCGGCGAGUGCUUCAGCACGGCGAGCGCGGAGGGGUCGCCGUACGAGACGUUUGCGUCCGAGGGCGGCCACUCGGACUGGGCGCCGCGGACGGCGCUCGAGGUGGAGCUGCUCGGCUUCCUCAAGGACCGCUUCGGGCAGAAGCACCGCGUCUCGGUCGAGCGUGUCAUCUCCGGCCCGGGGCUCGCGACGAUGUACGACUUCUUCUCGGCGCGCUUCCCGGACAAGGUCGUGGCGGAGGUGCACGCGGCGGUCGGGGCGGCGGGCGAGCUCAAGGGCAAGGUGAUCGCGCAGCACUCGGCGCCCGGGGCCGCGCCCUUCUGCGAGCUGUGCCGCCUCACGAUGGAGACCUUCGCCACCGCCUUUGGCGCCGAGGCGGCGAGCGCUGCCCUCAAGUGGGUGCCGCUCGGAGGGCUGUACAUCGCGGGCGGGAUGACGCCCAAGAACCUGCGCCUGCUCGAGGGGGCGGACUCGCUCUUCAUGCGCGCGUUUGGCGACAAGGGGCGACUCUCGCCGCUCCUCAAGCGCGUCCCCGUGCUCGCCGAGGACAUCGGGCAGCGCGGCGCCCACCUCGUCGCCUUCCGGAUGCUCCUCACGAUGCAGGAGGAGCAGGAGGAGGUGCUGCGCGCCCCCGAUGCCAAGGAGGCCCAGGCUAGCCUCCCGCCGCUGGCCGAGUUCAACGCAAUUAAGCAUUCGCUCUCUUGGAGGGGCUCCUACCCGCGCAAGCUCGUGAUCUCGCCGAACGAGAUCAUCACCAAGGAUCCCUCGGGCAACAUUACCAACCGGUGGUCAAAGGACGAGUUCACCGCCGCUGCCGCCAUCGAGGAGGAGAACGAGGAUGCGGCGCGCUUCGUGAUCAAGCUUCUGAGCGGCGGCCUUCUCUGCGGCAUGGGCAGCACGGACCUCACCUUCUCGGCGCUAGACAAGGAGCAGCGCUCCGUGAUCCUCAAGACGCUCGAGUCUCUCGCCGUGGCAUAG